AUGAAAAAAGACUUUGCAAAGCAUUUGAAAUAUCUCUACAGCACAGCGCUCGAGACGGUGGAAAUCCCAUCUGUGCACAGAAGGAAGAUGAAGAAAAUGAAGGUGAUAUCGAAUAAGUAUCAAAUAAGGCUAUCAAGGGAAAUAAAAAGAACGACAUGUCCCAACUGUUGCUCCAUCCUUGUUCCGGGAUUGAAUUGCAGAUCGAGAAUUGUUAAAGAAGAAAAUGGCCUGUGCCUUAGAACCACAUGCAGAUGCGGGGGAGAAAAGAUCUUUGUUGCCCAGGGAAGAUGA